GGGAGGGUCGCGGAGCGCUCGCUGGCUCUGUCGGGAGGAGCCGAAGGGGGGGAGGAAGCGAGGGAAGCAGCCCACCCACCCUCUCCUCGCCAGUUUUAAAAGGGACGCGGAGCCAGCCCGGCUCUCCCCAGCCGCCGCCAGCCGCUUGUUGGACUUACAGUAUCCCGCUUGCUUUUCUCCAAACGAGACCGGCGAAGAAAUCCAGCGCGAGAAGGGAAGGCAAAAGCGCCCCGCGAUUGUUCCGGGGCGGUUUUUCUCUUUGGAAUCCUUAUCUUUUUCCCUUUUUUUGCACCGUUCCGUAAAACCGGCCCGCUGGAUUGCCUAGCCGGUAUCUGGAAGGAACCGGCCCCCUUCUCCGCCGCCAUGCCUCUGACGGUCCCCAGCUUCCCGAGCCGGAAUUAUGACUACGAUUACGACUCGGUGCAGCCCUACUUCUACUUUGAGGAGGAGGAAGAGAACUUCUAUCUGGCGGCGCAGCAGCGCGGCUGCGAGCUGCAGCCGCCCGCCCCGUCGGAGGACAUCUGGAAGAAGUUCGAGCUGCUGCCCACGCCGCCCCUCUCGCCCAGCCGCCGCUCGGGCUGCUUCCCGUCCAGCGCCGACCAGCUGGAGCUGGUGACGGAGCUGCUGGGCAGCGACGCCGUCAACCAGAGCUUCAUCUGCGACCCCAACGACGAGGCGUUCAAGUCCAUCAUCAUCCACGACUGCAUGUGGAGCGGUGGCGGCGCGGCGGCCGCCAAGCUGAAGAAGGUGGUCUCCGAGCGCCUCGCCUCCUACCAGGCCACCCGGCGGGAGGGCGCCCGCAGCACCGACAGCCCGCCGCCGCCCUCGACGCCGCCGCCGCCCCAGGCGCCCGUCUCGGCCGCCUCCGCCUCGCCCGGCAGCGCCUACUUGCAAGAGCUGGGCGACGCCGCCGCGGAGUGCAUCGACCCCUCCGUCGUCUUCCCCUACCCGCUGGGCCACAAGGCCCCCAAGCCCGUCGAAGGCGCUGCAGCCGCCGCCCCCGAGGCCAGCCCGGCUUCCCUGCUCGGGGAGGACACGCCGCCCAACACCAGCAGCGACUCUGAAGAAGAGGAGGAACAAGAGGAGGAGGAGGAGGAAGAAAUUGAUGUUGUGACGGUAGAGAAAAGGCAGCCUGCCGCCAAGAAGUCAGAGUCCAACGCACACAGUAAGCCGCCCCACAGUCCAUUGGUGCUCAAACGGUGUCAUGUCCCCAUCCACCAACAUAACUACGCUGCUCCCCCGUCCACAAGGGUCGACUACCCCUCCGCCAAAAGGUUAAAAUUGGACAGUGGCCGUGUUCUGAAGCAGAUUAGCAAUAACCGCAAAUGCUCAAGCCCUCGUACGUCAGACUCGGAAGAGAACGACAAGCGGCGGACACACAACGUCUUGGAGCGCCAGAGGCGGAACGAGCUCAAGUUGAGUUUCUUUGCGUUGCGCGACCAGAUCCCAGAGGUGGCCAACAACGAAAAGGCACCGAAGGUAGUCAUCCUCAAAAAAGCCACAGAAUACGUCCUCUCCAUCCAGUCGGAGGAACACAGACUGAUAGCUGAAAAGGAACAGCUGCGGAGGCGACGGGAGCAGCUGAAAAGCAAACUUCAGCAGUUGAGGAACUCUUGUGUUUAAAAGAGAGGAGGGAAAAGAAGAAUCCCCAUAGACAUUGGUGGGGGUCCGCAUAGACUGGGAUUAAGGCCAACAUAAUGAGACGUUUUUAGUGUUUCUUAAACACUCACAAAAAACAAAAGUACUGGUGAACUUGACAAUUUCAUGGAACCGUUCAUUGCAUGCCCUACAAACUACACAACCUUGGCUUGACCUUGACAAAAGGCGGGCCAGAACCUCAAAACUGCCUCAUCACAAAACUUUGGGAUGAUGGGGGCCGAUAUCUCUUCACACCUGGGGGAUGAACUUUAUUUUUUUUCCCCUUUAUUUUUACUUUUUUUGUAUUUAAAGAUUUCCCCCCCCCCCUCUUAAGAUGAUUCCUUUUCCCCAAAUCUGCUGUAGAUAUAUUUACACAUCUUAAUGACAUGUAAAUAUCUUUAAUAAAAAUCUUUAUAGAAAAAUUCUAAAAAAAAAAGUGCAACAGAUAAUGCUUAGAGGUUGUGGCAACUGGAUUUAUGACUGUCUUGAACUUUUGUGCCAUAACAUUUCAUAAAGAAAAAAAUUUCUGGUCAUUUUUAUUUAAAUACUUUUUUGUCAUCUUUUUUUAAAGAAAUGAUUUUAUUUUGUGUUUCUAGAUAAAUAAAAUAUUUCCCCUAAAUUGUAAUUAGCUAAAUCUUGUGUAAACUGCCCUGUCUAUUUAA